AUGAGUGCGGAUCAAGCAGCCGAGGCGGAUCGCCGAUACUUUGUGACGGAGCGGGGCGUCAAGUUGCACGAUGUGCGGUACAUGCCCGACACGCCGGUGCCCAGAAUGAUUGUCUUCAUGGUGCAUGGCUAUGGUCAUUAUAUUGAUGGUGUGAUGGAACGCAUUGGUGUGGAGAAUUUGACAUCCCGGGGAGCCAUGGUUUGUGGCAUCUCACACGCCGGUCAUGGCCACAGCGAAGGUCUCCGCGCCUAUAUCCCAGACUAUAAGCAGCUGGUCGCUGAAGUGGGCGAGUAUGGCAUGUCCAUCCAUCAAGAAUUUCCCGAUGUUCCCAUGUUCCUUGUUGGCCAGAGCAUGGGGGGUGCAUUUACUCUCUUGGCUACGGCGCCCGGACAGCCGUUGCACAAGAUUGUCAAGGGCGUGGUCGUGCAAUGCCCCAUGUGCCGCAUCGCCCCUGAAAUGUUGCCUCCGGACUGGGUGAUUGCGUUGGGUGACUACAUUGUGUGGAUGUUUCCCACGCUGCCCCUGGCUCCCGUGCCCAGCACCAACCACCUUGGCUUUAAGGACCCCAAGGAGCGAGAGCGUGCUGCAGCCGAUCCCAUGGUGUACCACGGACGCCCUCGCCUGAUGACGGCCUGGCAAAUGCGCGAUGCCGUUCUCGACGUCCAAUCGCUGCUGGACAAGUACGAUCUACCCUUUUUGUGUCAGCAUGGCGAUGCCGACAAGGUGACAUCGGUGCAAGCCAGUCGGGAGCUGCACGAGAAGGCCAUUUCCAAGGACAAGGACAUAAUCAUUUAUGAAGGGUUUUGGCAUGCGUUGCUUGCCGAGCCAGACGGCGGUGCCGAGCGCCACCACCCGACGACCGAACCGCCUGACAUCUCUCUCAUUGCUCGCGCACACACACACACACACUCUCUCUCUCUCUCUCUCUCUCUCUCUCUCUGUCUCUGUCUCUGUCUCUCUCUGUCUCUCUCUGUCUCUGUCUCUCUGUCUCUCUGUCUCUCUGUCUCUCUCUCUCUGUCUCUCUGUCUCUAUGUCUCUGUCUCUCUCUGUCUCUCUCUCUCUCUGUCUCUCUGUCUCUGUCUCUCACUGUCCCUCCCUCUCUCUGUCUCUCUGUCUCUCUGUCUCUCUGUCUCUCUGUCUCUCUGUCUCUCUGUCUCUCUGUCUCUGUCUCUCACUGUCCCUCCCUCUCUCUGUCUCUCUGUCUCUCUGUCUCUCUGUCUCUCUGUCUCUCUGUCUCUCUCUCUCUCUCUCUCUCCCUCUGUCUCUCUCUGUCUCUGUCUCUCUCUCUGUCUCUGUCUCUCUCUCUCUCUCAAACUCUCUCUCUCUCUCUCUCUCAAACUCUCUCUCUCAAACUCUCAAACUCUCUCUCUCAAACUCUCUCUCUCAAACUCUCUCUCUCUCUCUCUCUUUCGUUUAAAGUUUACGUGUGUGUGCUUUUUCGUGUUUGCGAUGGAGUGGGUGGCGGCGGCCAUGGGCCUGAAGGGCCAUCCGCAGGAACGGUCGGUCGAGGCCAAAGCCAUUACGGCGGAUGAUGAGCGAGACGAGUCGGCCUUGUCAGCAGCAACAGGGACGGACACGGCAUCGACGGCGCAGCAUCGGAGCGAGGGUGCCUCGGUUGCGAGCGUCACAACGGCACUGCAGGGCAUGGGGGUGCAGAGCCCCAUUCUCACGGCCGAGCAGCCGCAGCCACAAGCCCAUCUUCGUCCCGGAGAGCUGCAAAAUGACGGUCUCCUCACCAUGGACCAACUGCUUCAACACCUCGAGCACUUUAAAACGGCCAUCAAUACCCCCGAUACCAUUGCCCGCCUCAAAGCCGCCUAUCAAGAUCCGCAGCGCGAUAUCGCUGAUGAGGCUGAAAACGUGCGUCGCGACAUUUUCCAAGACGAUGGAAUUGAUCCCGACUUUGGCAUUCGCCAGCUUAAAAAGGCCCGCCGCCGCUUCAAAGACAGCCAGUCGGUCUUACUCGCCUUUCAAGAAUCCAUGGAGCUUGAAUCGCUGGCCCUUGAUCGAGCUGAGCUCUCUCCCGAAGAAUUUGACAAGCGCAUGCAAGUGUAUCACAGCAUCAAGCAGCAACAAGACCUAGUUUUCGGCAUCAUGCCAGAGAUCAAAGAAAUUCUGGAGGACCCGCAGAAAAGCCAAACCCUAGAUGAAUGCGUUGCUGAGCAUCGCCGCCAAACCCAAGCGGAUGAACUGAGCGCAGAGGACACGUUGGCUCGUGCCAUGCGCAAGCUGGCCUUUGCACGCCAGCAGAUACAGCAAGCUGGUCUCGAUGAACAGGCGAUCCUCAAUCAAGCCAUGAAUUUGAUUCGGGACCCUAUUCAGGCAAAACAGUUUUUCCAGCAGGCUCAACAGGACGAAGCCGACGCGCCCAGUCACGGCCAUGGCCAUGGUCAUACAUGCGAACACGACCACGCCCAUGACCAUGACCAUGGCCACGGGCACAGCCAUGGUCCAGGCGCUGGCAUUCGAGCAAAUCGGCUCCAAACACACGCCCAACAGCCCAUGGCCACUGAGGCACCCAUCCCGUCAAGCUCUUCCCUUUUUAGCAGUGACAAGUACAAAGAAACAUAAUUGCUUUGCCCGAUUGCAUCAUCCCUUCCCAUCGUGAAGCCUCGGGUUUCCAGAUAGUCGCUGUUGCUAUCCACGGCGCGCAUUGUUUCAGUCAAUUAAAAGUUUUCAAAGUUUCGAAUUGAUCAGCUACUCCCU